CUCCAUAUUCUUGAAGUACAUUCAUUAACCCCACUCUAUUGCCCAUUUGAAGUGAACCAAUAUUAAACCCAACAAACCAUCUGAAACUUCCCAAUUCUGCUGAAUUCCAAUGGACCCCGCCAGAAUCUCUCUCCGUCCGUUCAAACUUACCGACGCCGACGACUUCUUCUCGUGGGCCAAAGAUGAAAGAUUGACACACUACCUAAGAUGGAACCCCAUCCCCUCUAGAGAAGAGGCCUUGAAGUACCUCAAGGAGGUUGCCAUACCCCACCCGUGGCGACGGUCCAUAUGCUUGGACGACCGCUCGAUCGGGUACGUUUCCAUCAGGACCGAAUCAGGCAGCGAUCGCCACGUGGGCCGCAUCGGGUACGCUGUGGGCUCGGACUACUGGAACCAGGGGAUCGUGACAGUGGCACUGAGAAUGGCUGUUUCCAGCAUGUUCGAAGAGAUACAAUACCUGGUGAGGGUGGAAGCUCUGGUGGAGGAAGAGAAUAAGGGGUCUCAGAGGGUGUUAGAGAAAGUUGGAUUCCAAAAGGAAGGGUUCUUGAGGAAGUAUGUGUUCAACAAGGGGAAAAUUAGAGAUAUGUUUAUCUAUAGUUUCUUGUCAAGUGACAAGAUUAUGUGAUUACUUCUGCAAAAAUCAAUGUCUCCCCAGUACCCUUUGUUGUUAAUCAUUGAAAACCGUGUUUUCUGAGUUCAUAUUUGGAGUAUCAAUGGAAGGGCAAAAGAUGUUGUUUGAGCUUUGUUUUC